AUGCCUAAGGAGCAGUAUCGUGAAACAUAUGUUGGGAGAAAGAUUUCUCACGUCACUUUUAAUGUGGAUAGUGCAUCAAAUAUACAACAAGCCGCCCAUAUUCAAGUUAUUACAAAGAAUCUGUAUGCACAAGAUGGUCAAAGAGCACCUGCAGCCUAUGGUGUACUGGAUAGACGAAUGGGCACAAAUCAAAAAGAUGCAAACUGUGAGACAUGUGGCCUGGGUCUGGCAGAGUGCGUUGGACAUUAUGGUUACAUAGAGUUAGCAUUGCCAGUAUUUCAUGUUGGCUAUUUUCGUUCUAUUAUCUCCAUACUACAAACUAUUUGCAAGGAAUGUGCAAAGGUAAUGUUGCCCGAGAAAAUAAAAAAGUCUUACCAGAGAAAAUUCAUAAACCCAGACAUCUCAUAUCUGCACAAGAAAAAUUUGAGAGUAGCAGUGCUAAAAAAAGCAAAAACCUAUACCAAAUGCCCCCACUGUGAGACAAUAAAUGGUAUUGUAAAAAAGAGUCCAGCAGGAAUACUGAAGAUAAUACAUGAUAAGUAUAGAAAUAAAAAGCCUACAGACCCGGUAGUCCUUAAUGUUCUGAGUGAGUUUCACGAGGCCAAGGAAACUAAUAAAGAGAUUGCUGCCAUGAUAAAUAGUGGGUUGAUCAUAGAAAUGAGCCCAUUAGAGGUGUUGAAUCUUUUCCGUCGCAUUCCCGAUGAAGACAUCCCACUGUUGGGAAUGAAUGUUAAAGCCUGCCGACCGGAAGAUUUGAUUCUCACCCGAUUGCCCGUACCGCCGCUAUGCAUCCGUCCGAGCGUCGUAUCCGACAUUAAGGCUGGCACCAAUGAAGACGACCUGACGAUGAAGCAGUCCGAGAUCCUGUUGAUCAACGACGUGAUCUCACGCCACAUCGCCAGCGGUGGCAAGUGCGAACUCCUGCAGGAGGAUUGGGACUAUCUGCAGCUGCACGUCGCCCUCUAUAUCAACAGCGAGAUGUCUGGAAUCCCCCUCUCAAUGCAGCCGAAGAAACCUGGGAGAGGAUUGGUCCAACGGCUGAAGGGCAAGCAGGGUCGUUUCCGAGGCAAUCUGUCCGGGAAGCGUGUGGACUUCUCCAGCCGCACCGUCAUCUCGCCAGAUCCCAACCUGCAGAUACAAGAGGUGGGCGUGCCGGUGCACGUGGCGCGCGUGCUGACGUACCCGGAGCGCGUGUUCCCGGCCAACGUGCAGUGGCUGCGGCGGCUGGUGCGCGCGGGGCCGGACCACCACCCGGGCGCCAACUACGUGCAGCAGCAGGGCCUGCGCCACAAGAAGUUCCUCAAGUACGGCAACAGGGACAAGAUCGCCAACGACCUCAAGUGCGGCGACAUUGUGGAGCGCCACCUGGUGGAUGGCGACGUGGUGCUGUUCAAUCGGCAGCCCUCGCUGCACAAACUCUCCAUCAUGUGCCAUCGUGCCCGCGUGCAGCCGCAGAGGACCUUCCGUUUCAACGAGUGCGUGUGUACACCGUACAACGCAGAUUUCGACGGCGACGAGAUGAACAUGCAUCUGCCUCAGACCGAAGAGGCUAGAGCCGAGGCGCUCAUACUAAUGGGGAACAAGUCGAACCUGGUGACGCCGCGCAACGGCGAGCUGCUGAUCGCCGCCACGCAGGACUUCAUCACGGGCGGCUACCUGAUCACGCAGCGGGACACGUUCCUCACGAGGGCCGAGGCGCAGCAGCUGGCCAGCUGCCUGCUGGCGGGGCCCGACGCGGCCAUGAGGGUGGACAUGCCGCCGCCGGCGAUCCUCAAGCCGCGCACGCUGUGGACCGGCAAGCAGAUAUUCAGUUUAAUAAUGAAACCGAACAAACGUUGCGAGGUGAAGGCGAACUUGGAAGUGAAAGGGAAGAACUAUACGGGGAACAAAGACAUGUGCGUGAACGACUCUUACGUGAUAAUCAGAAACUCGCAGCUGCUGUGCGGCUCGAUGGACAAGAGCACGCUGGGCUCCGGCACGAAGACGAGCAUCUUCUACAUCCUGCUGCGCGACUGGGGCGAGGAGUUCGCCGUGCGCGGCAUGUGGAGAUUGGCCCGAAUGGCGUCCUACUACAUGAUGAACAGGGGCUUCAGUUUCGGAAUAAUAGACGUGACGCCGGGGAAAAAGCUUAUAGAGGCCAAGAACAAACUGCUCGAAUCCGGGUACUCAAAGUGCGACGGCUACAUCCUGGAGAUGGAGAAGGGGACGCUCCAGUGCCAGCCCGGCUGCUCCAUGGAGGAGAGCCUGGAGGCCGUGAUGCUCAGCGAGCUCAGCAGCAUCAGAGAGUUGGCAGCCAAAGCGUGCUUCCGGGAACUGCAUCCGACCAACGCGCCACUAAUAAUGGCCCAAAGCGGCUCAAAAGGUUCGAACAUCAACAUCUCGCAGAUGAUCGCGUGCGUGGGCCAGCAGGCGCUGAACGGGAAGCGGGUGCCGAACGGGUUCGAGGACCGCUCGCUCCCUCACUUUGAGAGGCACUCCAAAAUCCCGGCCGCCCGUGGCUUCGUGGAGAACAGCUUCUACUCGGGCCUGACUCCCACCGAGUUCUUCUUCCACACGAUGGGGGGGCGCGAGGGUCUGGUCGACACGGCGGUCAAGACCGCGGAGACGGGCUACCUUCAGCGGCGCCUAGUCAAGUCGCUGGAGGACCUGGUGCUGCAUUACGACAUGACGGUGCGCAACGCCACCGGCGAGGUGGUGCAGUUCCGCUACGGCAGCGACGGCCUGGACCCCAGCUACAUGGAGGGCAAGGAUCGGCCCGUGGACCUGGCGCGGGUGCUGGCAGACGUGCGCGCGCAGUGCCACGCCAGGGACGAGGAGCCACUAGACGGCGACGGGAUCGUCGUGGCUGCCGAGGAGACGCUCGCGCUGGACGACUUCAAAACCUGCCCCGAGGAGUUCAAGAAGGAACUGCUGUCGUUCCUGAAGACGGUGGCGGGCCGGGUGCGCCAGCUGAGGCGCCUGUACGCCGGCUGCGGCGCGCUGGCGCUCCAGCUGGAGCGGCUCACGCUGCCGCAGCUGGUGCGCUUCGUGCGCGUCUGCCACGACAAGUACCAGCGCGGCGUCAUCGAGCCCGGCACCGCCGUCGGCGCGCUGGCCGCGCAGAGCAUCGGCGAGCCGGGCACCCAGAUGACCUUGAAGACAUUCCACUUCGCCGGCGUGGCGUCGAUGAACAUCACCCAGGGCGUGCCCAGGGUCAAGGAGAUCAUCAACGCGUCCAGGAGCAUCUCGACGCCCAUCAUCACCGCCGAGCUGAUGCAGCCCCACGACCAGGAGUUCGCGAGGCGGGUCAAGGGCCGCGUGGAGAAGACCACGCUCGGUGAGAUCACGACGUACAUCGACGAGGUCUACUUGCCGGACGAGUGUUUCCUGCUCAUCCGUCUGGACGCCGAGCGUAUCAAGCUGCUCAGUCUCGAGGUCAACGUGCACUCGAUAAUUUACUCCAUCUGCACGUCGAAGCUGCGCGUGAAGCCGGCCAACGUGCAGGCGGUGUCCGAGUGGGCGGUGCGGGUGGGCGGCGAGGCGGGGCGCGCGGGCGGCUGGCUGAACGUGGCGCUGCAGCAGCUCGCGCGCCAGCUGCCCGCCGUGGUGGUGCAGGGCCGCGCCAGGGUCUCGCGCGCCGUCAUCGCCUGCGACGACGCCAGGGGCGCCCCCAGGUACAAGCUGUGCGUGGAAGGCGACGGACUGAGGGACGUCAUGGCGACCUACGGAGUGGACGGUACGAAAACAACCUCGAACAAUAUACUCGAGGUGUACCAGACGCUGGGCAUCGAGGCGGCCAAGUCGACCAUCAUCAGCGAGAUCCAGGCGGUGAUGGCGGGCCACGGGAUGGCGGUGGACCGCCGCCACGUGGAGCUCCUCGCCGCGCAGAUGACGGCGCGCGGCGAGGUGCUGGGCAUCACGCGCUACGGACUCGCGAGGAUGAAGGAGUCCGUACUCAACCUGGCCAGCUUCGAGAAGACGGCGGACCACCUGUUCGACGCGGCGUACUUCGGGCAGCGCGACUCGAUCGAGGGCGUGUCGGAGUCGAUCAUCGUGGGCGUGCCCGCCGCCAUCGGCACGGGCUGCCUGCAGCUGCUGCACCGCCACGACGCCGCCCCCCCCGCGCCCCACUCCUCACCCGCACCCGAGCCCCGCGCCCUGCUCUUCGACGACCCCCGCUACCACACCUCCAUCUGGGAA